GGACACGGUGGAAGCUGCGACAGCGCAUCUAGAAAAAGAUCUAAAAGAACAUAAAGGGUCCUGAACCCAAUGAUAGGACAAGUUUGGGCUAAACAAAAAAAAGGGCUUUUGCUCAGCUUCCCAGAAAAUAAAAACAUACAUGCAAUGAAAUAGACUUUUGUCUAGGGUGUUUUUUAAGACAUAGUAUAUUUGCCGUAAUAAAGAAACCCAGAUUCCCUAGAAUUUGAAUAUCAUCUGUCAGCACCACCCACCGUCAUCCUUUUGUUUUUUCUUAUUGUUUUCUGAAAUCUACAUCUCUUUUUCUUUCUUUCUUCUGAUCUGCUCUCUUUGAUUUCAAUCAAGUUCAGCCAUGGCUCCUUUAGUUUGUCUAGUGCUUUUCUUAGCCAUGACUGGCCAUUCAAGUGCGACUUAUUGUUUAUGUAAUGAUGGAGUGGGGGAUCAAGCUCUUCAAACGACCCUGGAUUAUGCAUGUGGAAAUGGAGCUGAUUGUUCUGCAAUUCAACAAAAUGGUGCUUGCUAUAAUCCCAACACUGUUAAAGAUCACUGCAAUUAUGCUGUCAAUAGUUAUUUUCAAAACAAAGGUCAAGUUACAGGAAGCUGUGAUUUUGCUGGCACUGCUUCAGUUAGUGCCAACCCUCCUACAAAUAUUCCCUCCACUUGCACCUAUCCAUCAAGUAGCACAGGCACAACCCCGGCCACCACUCCAACAACUGCCGGGACUCCAACGAGUUUAGGCGGUGGCACAGGUACCGCCUUUAGCCCAACAGGAACAACAACAGGCAUCAACGAGCCAAAUCAUGCUGUUGCUCUCUUCACAAGCAUUAACAACAUUUUGUUCACGUUUUUCAUCACCCUUUGGAUUGUAAUGCAGGGCUGUCUUUGAUGUAAAGGAGAGUUGUAUAUUAGAUUUUGGCAUAUAAAUAAAAUAUAAUUGACAUUGUUGGGUUUAGAGAUA